GGUACUUUCAGAAGCCAAAGCCACUCUCAAACUUGUGGCCUUGUCAGGGUUCACUCUCAGAUGGGUCAGCCCCAAUUGUCCAUCAUCAUUCAGACUCUCACCCCCCUUUUAUAGGCCCCACACCAUCCCUCCUCACCCCCACUCCUCCCUCUCAUUUCUCCUCUCCCAAUUUCUCCAUUUCCUCCUCCUCUUUUUUCACCACACCCAAAACUACACCUCUCUCUCUCUCUCUCUCUCUCCAAAUUUUCAUGGACAAGGUUGAGAAGGAGACUCAAGACUUCAUGAACGUAGAGUCAUUCUCUCAGCUCCCCUUCAUCCGCCCGGCCCCUCCCGUCAACAAAGAGAAGGGCAUCCGCCUCUUUGGCAUAGAAUUCGGCGCAGACACCCCCACGGAAGACUCCGAAUCCCUCGACUACACCAAUGCCUGCGAAGACGCCGCCGCAAAAGAGUACAAAAUCAACACCACCACCGCCACCAACAGCAACAACAAAAGCAGCGAAAGCGGAGGCGAGAGCAGCCGGAGAUUUGAAUGCCACUACUGCUGCCGGAACUUCCCGACCUCCCAAGCCCUUGGGGGCCACCAAAACGCGCACAAGAGAGAGCGGCAGCACGCAAAACGCGAGCACCUCCAGUCGGCCAUGGUGCAUGCCGGCCACCACGGCCUAUCUCACGACGCGCACCACCACGUGUACGGCUUAAUGAACUACACAACUUCUAGGCUUGGGGCUUCACCUCACCAUCACCAUACUGCUUACCCAUCUUGGAAUAGUAGCCACUCUAGCUCCAUUGCUGGUGCUCAUCAACAUACGAGGUUUUACGGAAGCUCUGGUGGGACGUACGGCACGCAAUCAGCGCCCAUUAAUGGGAGCCCUUUGGCCCUGUGGCGGAUCCCUGCAGUUCAGGGUACUACUAACCCUAGUUUAAAUCGUGACCGUUCGAUGAAUUUGUUCGCCGGCGGGGAGGAGAUGAAGGCAGCAGGGGUCGGUGGGACGGGCGGUCAAGGACGGUACGUGUAUGACUCGUCGAUGGCGAGUGUGCAAGACCAUGUGAGUUUGGAUCUUCAUCUGUAAUAAGAUUAAGGCUUCUAUGAUUUGGAUAACUACUUCAAUCAAUUAAUUAAUUAGUACUACUUUAGAGGGAAAAAAAAGAGAGAGAGAAUUUGAUGAUGAUGAGAGAGAAGGGAAUUAAUUAAUUAAUUGUUUUUAAUAUAUAAUCUCCUGGGAUUAAUGCAAAUGAGGCCAAUUUUAGGAAAUAUUCCUGCUCAUAACUUCAGUCACAAUUUUUAGUACGGUUUCAGUAUGUAAAUGAGGAAAUCAUGUAUUUGGAGAAAUCUUCAUCAAUGUAAUUAAAAAUAAUCAGGAAACAGUACAGUUCUUGACUCUGAAA